AUGAAAUUCGCAAAGCUGUUCUCCGUCUUCUCUCUAGCCACACUGGCCGUCGCCGUUCCCACAAAUGAAAACAGCGGCAAAGAAAAAGAUAUACCCUGGGGGGCAUUCCCAGUGUCAUCGACCCCCGCUGUGCCAAUUCCAAUCGCAACGCCAACUCCGACGCCAACUCCUACAUCCACAGACGUCGAGCACCUCGGACGAGCCGUGAUAGUAAAUCGCUGCAAAGUUCCAAUUUACAUCUGGUCCGUAGGGUCGAUCAUUCGCCCCCAAGCCACGAUCCUCCCGUACGGACGUUUCUUCGAGACCUAUCGCCACGACAAAGAAACCGGCGGCAUUGCGCUCAAAAUCAGCACCGUGCACGAUGGACUGUACUCGAGCUCGCCCAUGACGAUUUUCGCAUACAAUCUGGCCGGUGGUAGUGUGUGGUACGACCUGUCCGACGUGUUCGGAGACCCGUUCGCGGGCCAUCCGGUUACACUGCAGCCAGCAGAACCUCAGAUCCUCUGGCAAGAUGGGAUUCCGCCCAGUGGAAGUAUGGUUCGAGUGCGGGAUGCCUCAGGAGAUUUGGUUCUGACGAUCACCGAAUCGGCCGACACCCCGCAUUUCUCCAUUUCCCCAACUCCCACAUUCGCCUCGGCUCUUAAGCAACCUCCAUCCUUUAACCUCCCCUCCAAAUUCAUUCAAAGGCACAUCACAAUGGUCACUCCAGCAAUUAGGGUGGCUCCCUCAGCUGCUAAUCGUGCCUUGAAUCUCCUACGCACCGUCCAAUUCACUCACCCGCCUAGCUGUCCCUGCCAUCGCAAUCCGGGCUACCACAACACAAACACACCCUCGCUUAUGACCCAUGUCAAGCGUCAUCUGGCCACACCUGUUGACCCCACGCGGGAGAAGGAAUAUGCAUUUGAAAUGGCUGCCUCGAGCAUCCGGUUCGGUCCCGGCUGUACCAAGGAAGUCGGCAUGGACUUUGCGAACAUGGGCGCCAAGCGUGUUUGCAUUGUGACCGAUUCCAACGUCGCCAAGCUUGAUGCUAUGAAACAGGCUGUUGAAGGUCUGACCAGGGAGGGCAUUGAGUUCACUAUCUUCGACAAGGUCCGCACGGAGCCGAAGGACAGCUCGAUCAUGGAGGCUAUUGCUUUCGCCAAGCCUUACAAGCCCGAUGCUUUCCUCGCAGUUGGUGGUGGCUCCGUCAUCGACACAGCGAAGCUUAUGAACCUAUACAACUGCUACCCAGAAGCCGACUUCCUCGACUUUGUCAAUGCGCCACUAGGCAAGGGCCGGCCCGUCGACAAGAAACUACUCCCCCUCGUCGCUGUGCCCACGACAGCGGGAACCGGUUCCGAAACAACCGGCACGGCCAUCUUCGACCUCGUCUCCAAGAAAGCUAAAACUGGUAUUGCCCACCGCAACUUAAAGCCUACCCUCGGCAUCUGCGACCCCCUCAAUACCCGCACCAUGCCCUCAGCGGUCCACGCUGCCUCCGGUCUCGACGUACUCUGCCACUCGCUCGAGUCCUGGACCGCAAUUCCCUACCACGAGCGUACUCCUCGUCCUACAAACCCCAUCAACCGCCCCGCAUAUCAGGGCGCAAACCCCAUCUCGGAUAUCUUCUCCCUCGAGGCCCUCCGCAGCACGGUUAAGUAUCUGCCCCGCGCGGUGAGGGAUCCAGAAGACCACGAGGCGCAGUCGAAUAUGCUUCUAGCUGCUACGCUAGCCGGUGUCGGAUUCGGUAAUGCUGGUGUCCACCUGUGCCACGGCAUGAGUUAUCCCAUCUCCAGCCAGAACCCGGGCUACAAGCACAAGGGGUAUCAGGUCGAUCACCCUAUCAUUCCUCACGGUGUUUCCGUCGCUGUUACCGCGCCUGCUGUCUUCCGCUUCACCGGUGCUUCGAACCCAGACCGUCACUUGGCUGCUGCUGAGGCAUUCGGUGUUGAUAUCUCGACCGUCAAGCGUGAGAGUGCUGGUGAAGUUCUCGGUGAGGCUAUUGCUCAGUUCUUGGCUAAGUUGGGUGACCAGCCUCGUGGAUUGAAGGAUCUGGGCUUCAAGAGCUCGGAUCUUGAGGGUCUGGUUGAGGGCACUAUUCCUCAGCAGCGUGUGCUGAUGCUGGCACCGAACCUCAGUGGUGAGCUUGAGGCUGAGAGGGGUGAGUUGAGGAAGCUCUUGGAGGAGUCUUUGGACUAUUAG